UCUUUACCCCCUAUAAACGCAGAUGGAUGGACCCAAAGAAUUAAAUGAGAUCUACGGCGGCAACAGUUUCAGACAAGUCAACAGCAGCACAAAUCAAUGAAUUGGAUCGGCAUCAUUGUCCCAUUCAUAGCUGUUUCAGUGAUUGGGGGCUGUGUUGGAAGACCCCUGGUUCAUCCGGCUCCUAGUACAAUAGCCGAUAGACAUAUUCGAAAGCCCCUGCAAACGAUUCGACCAUAUAAUAUUGCUCACCGAGGCUCUAAUGGGGAGCUUCCUGAAGAAACUAUUGCUGCAUACAAGAGAGCUAUUGAAGAGGGUGCGGAUUUCAUUGAAUCCGAUAUCCUUUCCUCCAAAGAUGGUGUCUUAAUAUGCCUCCAUGAUUUAAUACUUGAUAACACCACUGACGUUGCUAAUCAUAAGCAAUUUGCUAAUCGUAAAAGAUCGUAUGAAGUCCAAGGUGUAAACAUCACUGGGUGGUUUGUUGUUGAUUUCACACUGGAGGAACUGAAGCUCUUACGAGUGAAGCAGCGCUUCGGAUUUCGAGAUCAACAAUACAAUGGAAAAUUCUCAUUGAUUACUUUUGAUGAGUUCAUCUCAGUUGCACUGCAUGCUAAAAGAGUUGUUGGAAUCUAUCCAGAGAUUAAGAAUCCAGUUUUUAUCAAUCAACACGUGAAAUGGUCAGAUGGAAAGAAAUUUGAGGACAAAUUCAUGGAGACACUGGAGAAUAUGGAUAUAAAGGAUCUUAUGUCAACAGAAUGGCUUAAGCAACCCAUAUUUAUCCAAUCAUUUGCCCCAACUUCUCUCACAUAUAUUGCAAACCUCACAAACUUGCCAAAAAUUUUGUUGAUUGCUGAUCUGACAACAAGAACAGAGGACACUAACCAGUGGUUCUUUGAGAUUACUUCAGACAGUUACUUUAGUUUCAUAAAGAAGUAUGUGGUUGGAAUUGGACCUUCGAAGGAGACAAUUCUACCGUCGCUAGAUAAUCACUUGAGUAAAACUAGUAACGCUGGUCUUGUAGCCAAAGCGCAUGCUCAUGGCCUCCAGGUGCACCCAUACACAUUCCGAAACGAGAACAUAUUCUUGAACUUCGACUUCAAACAGGAUCCAUAUGAAGAGUAUGAUUUAUGGAUAAACAAAAUUAAGGUAGAUGGAUUGUUCACAGACUUUGCAGGUAGUCUUCAUAAUUUCCAAGAAUGGACCUCAGAAAAAGGCAAUUGAGAACAUUAUUAUUAUGAUUUCCUC